CAUCCGACAUGACACCCCUCCCAGAAGGGAACACUGCAUGCCGUGUCUGCAUCCGACAACAUCAAAUCUGAUGAUGUCUGACUUUUCCAAUUUUGUAGCAUUUUUGUUGCAUCUCAGUCCAAGAUGGAAAAAGAAACAGGGUUACCGUUAUUAUAACAUAUACAGUAAUGUUACGUAGUACUGAUGGUGUAUUUGGACAGGGAAAGUAGUACUUAAUAAGUAAUGCUAUUCCUAGUUUGGAUAACACUUUUAAUCACUGAAAGUAGUAAUACAAUCACCGACCAUAGAAAACAGUCAAAUAUAGUCUCAGAAGUUCUCAUAACACAGUUAUUAAUUCAGUGUUAUCAUUUAUCCCUCCAGAUAAUAACUAUAACUAUUAUUACAACUCUACCAACCCUAAUGACUUCAAUGCAUGCUGCAAUUGUUGUUGUUGUAACGCUGCAAGAGGACAAGUUGGCUAUGGCAUCCAGCAAUUUCUGCCAACAGGAGAACCACUAUACCAACAGCAAAUGCCACAGACUCUUCCCAUGGUCUCCUAUGUGUAUGACAUGUAUGGAAUGGCUUAUCCUGUGGUUAACCAGGCAUACCCUGCACCAGCCAUGUCUCUUCAAGAUGAACAUUUCAUGCAAACAGCUCAUAUGCCUGAGCAAAAUUAUAAUGCAGUUAAUUCUGAGUUACAGAACCCAUCUGUACGUUCAAUUACAGAGAGUGGACAACCAGAAUUUUGUCAAGAAUUUGUGGAAAACAAAAGUCCACCAAAGCCUGAUAUUACUGCUACUUCAGUUACCUCUAUGCCCUUAUCUACAGAGGAACCUAUUAUGCAGAGCCCUAAACUGUCUGAUGAUACAAAGGCCAAUGCAGUAAGUGAGAAAAAAGCUAAAAAGGGCACAAAAAGAAAACCUAAGUCGUUCAGCAGUGUUUCUGAUGAAACAAAAAAGAGAAAGAGAAAAACUGUUGAUCCCACUGACGAUACAAAGGCCAAUGCAGUGAGUGAGAAGGAAACUAAAACGGCCACAAAAAGAAAACCUAAGUCGGUCAACAGUGUUUCUGAGGAAACAAAAAAGAGAAAGAGAAAAACUGAUGAUCCCACUGACGAUACAAAGGCCAAUGCAGUGAGUGAGACUAAAAGUGAAAAGGGCACAAAAAGAAAACCUAAGUCGGUCAGCAGUGUUUCUGAUGAAACAAAAAAGAGAAAGAGAAAAACUGAUGUUGAUGAUGAUCCCGUUGACCAAACAUUUGCCAAGAAGCAUUGCAGGGAACUUCAGCAAAAAAUGCUUGAAUCAAUUAAUACAUUCCAUGCUCUUGGUAAAAAACCUAUUGUGACAAGUCAACUGCAACACAUCAGAGAACCUGAAGAAAAAGCACAACUUCAGCGUCCAAAGCCGUCUUCACCAAAGCGUGGACAAGUUAAAGCCCACAUCAAUCUACCAAAGGUAAAAUGUGAAGGUGUGAAGAAAAGAUCAGCUCCAAGCUUGAGCAAAAUAGAACAAAAUAUCCAGGCUGAGACACCGAUACAGAAAUCACCUCCUCAAAGUGAAGACAUGUGGGAAGAACUCCUUAAUCAGUUGGAGUUUUCUAUUCCACUUCCACCAGAGGAGAGAGAAGCUCUAAAAAGAAAAGCCCAACAGGAGAGAGAAGAGGCCUGCCAAUAUACCGCAAAGGGAAGGGUGCGGUACUUUGAUCAGUGGCAGAGUGACAUGGACAUUUCCCUUCAAUAUGGCUACCUACCAUAUCUAGUGCAUAAAUGAUCAGUGA